CGGGCCGUUGCAGCGAGAAUGGGCUCCAACGAAGAAUCCAGUUGGCAACACCGAGUCGAGCAGAAACGACAGAGGUGCGCCAACCACAUACCAGCCGAAUGGCGUAUUCCAAAUGAAGUGAUGGCUUCCCUACACGCUCCUCUAGCGGACCACAAAAACAACUUGAUCCAAAAUGAUAUCAUCCGUGAAUCUGGCAUCAUGACGCAGCACGAGCUGCAGAUCACAGAAGAGUACACGGUUCCAGAAUUGCUAGCGGCAUUGGCCAACGGAAGGUUAAGCUCGGUGGAAGUGACUAUGGCAUACUGCAAGCGGGCAGCCAUCGCACAGCAACUGGUUUCCUGUCUGACAGAGACAAUGUUUGCGGAGGCCCGUGAGCGAGCCCAGUAUCUCGACCAACUUCGCUCCCAAGGACAAUUGGUGGGUCCCCUUCACGGUCUGCCCGUGAGUAUCAAGGAUAGCUUUCACUAUAAAGGUACCGAGGCUACUAUUGGCAUGGUCUGCUUCCUGGAUGAGGUUUCUACAGGGCAUUCACCGCUUGUGGAUAUUCUCUUGAAUCUGGGGGCGGUCAUCUAUGUGAAGACUAAUGUACCCCAGACGAUGAUGGCGCUUGACUCGCACAACAACGUCUUCGGUCGUACCCUGAACCCUUGGAAUACCACUCUAACUCCUGGAGGAUCGAGUGGUGGCGAGGGCGCACUAGUUGCACUGCGAGGAUCACCUUUGGGAGUCGGCACUGAUGUGGGCGGCUCCAUUCGCGUCCCUGCUCUUUGUUGCGGGACUUACGGCUUCCGACCUAGUGCGUCAAGAGUUCCAAACGCAGGCACUCGUAUCUGCUCAACUAGCGGAAUGCGAUUCAUUCUCUCGUGUGCUGGGCCUUUGUCCCUGGACCUUGACGGGCUUGAGGUUUUCUUUCGCUCGGUGUUUGAUAUCCAGCCCAGUCUAUAUGACUCCACUGUCAUCGAUGUGCCCUGGCGAGAUGUCAGGGCGAAGUCUAAAUUGAGAAUCGGUGUUGUUCCGGAGCACCCAGUCUUUCCAUUGCAUCCCCCAAUCAAACGGAUACUGGCAGAAGCGAUACAACGUCUGGAGCACCAGGGCCAUGAGAUCGUUCACCUCACUAACGAAGAGUGUUGGAUCAAGGAACUUAAUGAAGUGGCAUCGGGGAUCUUCGGGCUGGACCAGAGCGCCCUCGGCCAUGUCCUCUCCGCCGGCGAGCCUGUGGUGCCAGCACUGCAACACAUUGGCGCCCAGAUUGCAAAGGUGAAACAGUUCCAUAAACCAUCCCUACCGGAUAUGAGUUCGAUGGACCGUCUAGCCAAGUUGGCCGCUCUGAACACUCGUCGAGCCGAACUCAAGGAGGAAUAUCGCAAGAUGUGGAAACAACAUGAUCUGGAUAUUUGUCUUGCACCACCGGCACAAAACACCGCGGUCGCCCAUGACGCCUUUGGUCCUGCACCAUAUACCAUUUUCUUGAACUGUCUUGAUUAUCCCGCAUGUGUCAUUCCAUUUGGGCAGGUCAACGAGUUGGACGCGACAGAAACCUUCCAGGUUGGCGAUGAGCAUAUUGCACCAGAAUAUGACUAUAAAUCAGUCGAAGGGGCCCCAUGUGGGAUCCAGGUUUUCACGACCACAAUGCGCGACGAGGAGUGUCUACAGAUGUCCAAGAUUAUUGAUCAGUGUCUGAAAGGGUAA